ACAAUUUCAUUCCAACCAAACAAGUUUUCAAUAACCCCAAUCGUCUCCUGUGCCGAUUACCUUUCUCGUUCUCUUUGCUUGGGGGCUCAACUCACCUUGUACUAAAUCUGUUAUGGUUUUAUGUGGUUUGUGGUGCUGAAUCACCAUGUCAAACGAUCUCGUACAGCAAUUGUCAGUACCAGGCAACCAAAUGGCUCAGCUUCAACGUCUUUCAAAUAAAUUGGAACCGCCAAUGCCGAUCCAAUUAAUAGGAUUGGAAACCAAUGAAGCAUUGCAGCAGCAGAUGUCAUCUUCAAACAUUCCGAUAGGACAGAUGGAACCCGUGUUCAAUUGUCCUGGGUCUCAAUUAUUAUCAAUUUCAAAUCAGCAAAGUGGACAGAUUCCACCCCAGACCUAUCAUCUGGUAGCUCAGCAGUAUUUAGCACCCAACAAUCCUAUAGGAGAUAGGAGUACCAUAUUGCACAGUGUGCAACCACAGCAAUCCUCCAUACUGAGUAAGCGCAAAAUGCCUAUAGAAUCAAUGUCAAAUGGUCCUGAUCUUCAGAAGUUGUUAAUGCCAAACAAACGGGUAGCACAAAUGGAACAGAGGCCAUGGUUGCAACCAAUAUCUGCAGCUAAUAACAGAGUAGUACAGAUGCAGGCAAUGUCUAACAAUCCAGGGUCACAUUCAUCAGAAUUAAGUAAGAAACCUGUUCCAAGUAAAUCUGGCUCUUCAGCUUUAAGAGUUAAACCUGUGCCAAUGCAAGUGUCUCCAAAGGCUCAAUCUGAGUCAUCGGAAUCAGUUAGGUCCAAGAUGCGGGAAUCAUUAGCUGCUGCCUUGGCUCUGGUUUUCCAGUCACAAGGGGAGUCUUCUAGUGUAGGCAAGAUUUCACAAUGUGAAGUUACAAGUUCUCCUGGGAAGACAGAGAAGGAUUCUCAUGCAGCUGACUAUACUUCUGUUAAUGUUGCCUCUGAAUCAGCAGAACUGCAGGAGAGAUUGCUCUCCAAUGAGGAUGGCGGUGCUCAUGUAAAUGUCAGUGAUGCUACACAGAAUGUAAAAUGUGAUGGGCAACAAUUUCAAUCAGAUAAUCUUUUGUCUGAGGAGGACGUUUCAUUUAGUGAGAAUGUUUUUGUCAGAGAUGAACUUUUGCAGGGAAAUGGUCUUUCUUGGGUAUUGGAACCUGAAAUAGAGAUUUUGGAGAAAAAGGAAGUUCAAACUUUUGAGAAAAAGAAUUCAGAUGCUAAGGUGGGUGCAAAUAAUAGUCAUCAACCUCUUAGAACUCCAAAAAUUUUGGCGUUUAAAAUAGAAGCAGAACUCUUCAAGUUGUUUGGAGGUGUGAAUAAAAAGUACAAGGAAAAAGGUAGAUCUCUUUUGUUCAACUUAAAGGAUCGAAAUAAUCCUGAACUCAGAGAAAGAGUUAUGUCUGGUGAUAUUGUCCCAGAACGAUUGUGUUCUAUGAGUGCCGAGGAACUAGCUUCUAAAGAGCUUUCUCAGUGGCGGCAAGCUAAAGCAGAAGAGCUUGCCCAAAUGGUUGUUUUGACUGAUACUGAUGUUGACAUUAGACGUUUGGUGAAGAAAACACAUAAAGGUGAAUUUCAAGUGGAGGUUGAACAAGCUGACAGCACUUCUGUUGAAGUUUCUGCAGGGGCAACAACACUUACUCGUCGACCAAAAACUGAGGCAAAGAAACCUGCUGCUGCUAAUUUAAUUAGAAGGAAGGAUGAAGGGAAUGCAGUAGAUGAAAAGAGUAAUCUUGAAGACCAUAAUGUUUCAUCUACCAUUACUAUUCCAUCAACUGAGGGAACCGAUCCAAUGCAAGGGCUGAUGGUAGAAGAUGAACUGAAGGAUACUGAAUUUCUGCCUCCGAUUGUGUCCCUCGACGAGUUCAUGCAGUCCCUUGAUUCAGAACCACCAUUUGAGACUUUACCUGGAGAUGGUGUAAAAUCAACUCCCAUAUCAGACAAGGGUGACACAGAUGUUCGGUCUGAAUUGAAGUCUGUGGGACAAUCCCCACAAGAAGAUACUAUUGAUGGUAGUCCAGAUAAACCUGAUACUAUUGAUGAGCGUAGGACGAAAUACGACAGUGAUACUAAAUCUGGUGGUGUUCCUGUCAGAAUAGAGGAUGUGGAUUCUGUUACUUUAAACUGUGAACAAAUCUGGGAAGGAUCACUUCAACUAAAUGUAAUGGCUGUGACCUCCGUCGUUGGCAUUUUCAAGAGUGGUGAAAAAACAUCUAUAAAAGAGUGGCCUAGCCUUCUGGAGAUCAAGGGAAGGGUUAAACUUGAUGCAUUUGAGAAGUUCCUCCAAGAGCUUCCCAUGUCCCGAAGUCGAGCUGUGAUGGUGGUGCAUUUUGUGUGCAAAGAGGCGUCCCCCAAGAGUCUGGGUGAAGUGGCAGUUUCAUAUGUUUCUGAGGGGAGAGUGGGUUUUGCUGAGCCUGCCCCUGGAAUGGAACUUUACUUUUGCCCUCCUCGCUCAAAAACACUUGAAAUGUUCGCCAAGAUCCUCUCAAAAGAUCAACUCCAUGCACUUAAUGCUAUAGAUAAUGGUCUAAUUGGUGUUGUUGUAUGGAGAAGGGCUCAAUUAAUUUCAACUUCACACCCCAAGCAUAUCUCCAGAAAGCAACAUUUCACUUCUAGCUCUAGGAGACAGCAAGAAAAAGAUACAAACUUGAAUUCAUCUAAUCUUGUAUCUAAGCCCGCCUCAUCUACCUAUUCCAAACCCCCGCCUGAUGAUGAUGAUGAUGAUGAUGAUGUUCCUCCUGGAUUCGGCCCUGGUACCGUAUCGCGGGAUGAAGAUGACCUACCAGAGUUUAACUUUACCAGUGGCACGAAUCCUUCUGGACCACAGCCUUAUUCCACCAGAUUCUCAUCCCAAGGGCCAGGAUUGGUCCCUUCUCAUUUACAUCCGCGCACACCGUCUCGCCCCGUAGAUCAAAUAAGAGAGCUUAUACAUAAGUAUGGACAACCCUCUUCAGGGAUUAUCUCCACAUGGAACGAUGAUGAUGACGACAUACCAGAGUGGCUACCACAAAUGCAUAAACCUCAGCAACGAGUAGCGCCAUCUCCAACCUCACUCAACAGUUUCCAGCAGCAGAUUCAUCGCCCCCAGGAGAUACAUCAGCAAGUUUUUCCGGCUGUUUACAUACAAAGUCAACCUAAUGCUGCCCAUCAGGCACCUGCCUGGGGUGGUCCACAAGAUCCCCGUGGCCAACCCGUUAAUGGGGACCAGUUUUACGGGACCCCAUCCUGGCCAAAAGAUGCCCCAAAAAGUAGAGGCUUCUAAAUAUCUUGUACUGUAAAUGAAAUGUUCUCUUGGCUUUUAAGCUUAUGUCCUUGGCUCUGGAAGCUUGGAUGUCUUAUAUUAUUAGGUGGUUUCAGUAGUUUUACAUUAUCAAUUUUGUUUUCUAGUCAGCUAAGAGGUCUUUUAAUCGAAUCAUAUGCAAUUGAAAUGGUCUUUGACGCGUAAAAUAAAACUCGGUAUUUGUCAAGGAUUCUGCAUGAUCAAUGCAAGAAUUAAAUUUCUGUUAUAAUC